GGGAGAGCGUUGUGGUGAAGCUAUUGUCGUCGAACUCCAGCAAACAUGAGAAUGGGAAGAUAAUGGCCCACACCACAGAACAGGAUGACUGAACUACCGCAAAUAUCAAUUUGUGUCCUUUUAUGAUGCAUUCUGACAAAACAAAACCUGAAGAAGAGAGUCUGGACAGCAAGGAAUAAAGGAUCGCAUGUGGUUAUUGGACAUGUCCAACCAUUCUUCACCCCAACCUGAUGUUUUGAGAAGGGAUGGUUACUGAGUCCAGUACAACAUCUUGCUGAAAAUCAUUGGAUCCAACAUGUCCAUGGAGGAAUUAUUGAAGACUUCUGCGGUCUAUGCGCACACAGAGAUGCCGUAGCUCCACAUGAACCGUGAUAGAUUAACCGUGAUAGUACUUUUAUGGAAAUUGCUUUGAAAUUUCAACUCAACUGACAGACAUAGGGCAGCAAUAAUACCACACCACACGCACAUAGAAGCGAGCCCCGGGGAUCUAUGUGUCUCUGCAAUAAGCGGCUGAUAAAAAAGCAAUAUAUUCUCUCAAAUAAAUAGUCAUUAGAUUGUGCGCCAUGGGCGACGAGACGUCAAACUUCAGGGGAAGCAGCAGGACCGGUGUCUCAUUACCAAAACCCAGGACUCGUGAGGAUCACGGCGGAGCAACGAUUAUACUAAAUUAAAACUGAUCCUCACUGAAAACAAUGAGAUUAAUGGUUUUUGGAUGACUUGUCAGAUUACCACUGUGACAGUUUUUGAUGUUCUUCAGAAAAAAAGAUUCAGAUCUGGGCUGUGUUGGACUUCAUUGUCACUUUGAUUUGUUCGCUCAGAAAUCAAGUGACAGAAAGGGACAUGGAACGUUUUGUUUUGUGCUUCAAAUAAACGGACACAGCCAUAUCAUUUAAUCAAUAAGUUUAAAAGGGAUAUUUUUAUUAUUAUUUUUUUUGCACUAUGAUGGAACCACCACCAUGCGCGAAGAAAAGCCUGUCCCUGUCGCUCCCGGUUCCCCGGGAAGGACAGGCGACUCUGAAGCCUCCGCAGCAUCUUUGGAGACAACCCCGGACCCCGAUCAAAAUCAAACACCGGGGGUAUUCCGACACCGACCGGCAUCACCACCGGUACAUGGAGCGCUCGGACGCCGUGGAUACGAGCGACCGACCAGGACUGAAAAAGUCUCGGAUGUCCUGGCCAUCCUCUUUCCACGGGACCACAAACACAUCGAUCGGAAAUUGUGUCGGGAACAGACGCUUCGAUUCUGAGAAUGGUCCCUCGCCAGGCCGCAGUCCCAUGGAUUCGCAGGCGAGUCCUGGGUUGGUGCUCCACCCUUCUUUCCCCCAGAGCCAGCGCAGGGAGUCCUUCCUGUACCGCUCAGACUCAGACUACGACACGUCCCCCAAAACCAUGUCACGCAACUCCUCCAUCAACAGUGAGGGGCACGCCGAAGACAUGAUCGUAACCCCUUUUGCUCAGGUGUUGGCCAGCCUACGAACUGUAAGAAGCAACUUCACCAUCCUCGCCAAUGUCACAACACCCACUAACAAGAGGUCACCAGUGACAAGCCAACCCACUGUUCCUCAAGCUACACUCUCUGAGGAGACAUACCAGCAGAUGGCCCGGGAGACUCUGGAUGAACUGGACUGGUGUCUGGACCAGUUGGAGACCAUUCAGACCCACCGCUCAGUCAGCGAGAUGGCCUCCAACAAGUUCAAGAGGAUGUUGAACAGGGAGCUGUCCCAUUUGUCAGAGAUGAGUCGCUCAGGGAACCAGGUGUCAGAAUACAUCUCCACUACCUUUCUAGAUAAGCAGAAUGAUGUGGAGAUCCCAUCCCCAACUUUGAGGGAGAGGGAGAAGCCCAUGUGUCACAUUAGCGGUGUGAAGAAGCUCACACACAGUUCCAGCCUUUCAAACUCCACCAUGCCUCGGUUCGGCGUGAAGACUGAACAUGAGGAUGCGUUAGCCAGGGAACUGAACGACUUGAACAUAUGGGGCCUUAAUAUCUUUAGUGUGGCAGAGUUCUCUAAUAACCGACCCCUCAGCUGCAUAAUGUUUGCCAUCUUCCAGGAAAGAGAUCUACUGAAGACCUUUCGGAUCCCUGUGGAUACAUUUGUCACCUAUGUAAUGACCCUGGAGGACCACUACCAUGCCAAUGUGGCCUACCAUAACAGCCUCCAUGCUGCAGAUGUCACUCAGUCUACUCAUGUACUGCUAUCCACACCGGCUUUAGAUGCUGUGUUCACUGAUUUAGAGAUACUAGCUGCGUUAUUUGCUGCUGCCAUCCAUGAUGUGGACCAUCCAGGAGUGUCCAACCAAUUCCUCAUAAACACAAACUCUGAGCUAGCUCUGAUGUACAACGAUGAGUCUGUGUUGGAGAACCAUCACCUAGCUGUGGGCUUCAAGCUGCUUCACGAAGACAACUGUGACAUCUUCCAGAACCUUAGCAAGAGGCAGAGACAGAGCCUGAGGAAACUUGUCAUUGAUAUGGUUUUGGCAACCGAUAUGUCUAAACACAUGAGUUUGCUGGCAGAUCUUAAGACUAUGGUGGAAACCAAGAAAGUGACAAGUUCUGGAGUACUGCUGCUUGACCAUUACACUGACCGGAUACAGGUGUUGAGGAACAUGGUGCACUGUGCUGACCUGAGUAAUCCCACGAAACCCCUGGCUGUGUAUCGACAAUGGACGGAGAGAAUCAUGGAGGAGUUCUUCAGGCAGGGAGAUAAGGAGAGAGAGCGAGGGAUGGAGAUCAGUCCCAUGUGCGACAAACACACUGCAUCUGUGGAAAAGAGCCAGGUGGGCUUUAUUGACUAUAUUGUCCACCCACUGUGGGAGACAUGGGGGGACCUUGUGCACCCUGAUGCCCAGGACAUCUUGGACACUCUGGAGGACAACAGGGACUGGUACCAGAGCACUAUCCCCCAAAGCCCCUCACCACCUCCUGUGUGUCAGGAUAAGGAUCUAAAUGCCUGCAUGGACAAGUUUCAGUUUGAGCUCACCCUCGAAGACAGCUCUCUGAGAGAACAGGGAGAUGAGGGGGACAAGCUUACGCUGAACCAUGUGGCACAGGACUGCAGUCAGAGGGAGGAAGAUGAGGGUAAAAAAGCGGAUGAGGAAGACAUAAUGGUAGAGGAGGAAAAUGAGGACAUAAUAGAAGAGGAAGAUGAGGUGGCAAUGGAGGAAGAAGAGGUGGAAGAGGAGCAGGAGGAGGAGCUGAAAGCUCAGUUAGAGGUGAGAUCUGAAAAGGAGAGACUUUCUGACACAAGUCCUGUAGAGGAGGAGGAAGACUCUUCUUCACAAGCUGAAGAUACAUGAGUUUUGCCCCCGUAUCUCCCUCUUCACUUGCACACAUUAUCUUGUUCAUCCUUUCAAUGGCCAAACCAAGAACAAAUAAGACUGCAAUGACAAUACAGACCUUUAAA